AUGUCUACCCCCAACCACCAAGACGAUUCAAGAAAGGUUCCAAAAGGCAUUUUGAAGAAAAGAAAACAGGCCAGUGUCAGAGUUAAAUCAGAUUCAGACAUCAUCCUAAACGAAAGUAACAAAACUGACGGCCAUGAUGAAGAAGAAAUUAGGGAUAUUAGUGGAGGUCUAACUAAUAAACGCGCUGAUGAUGACGUUGUUGUUGAUGAUGAUGAUGUGGCUGAGUCCAAAGCCAGAUGUGCCAAAAAAAUUUAUGAAGAUAGUGCAGAAGUGUUUUAUUUUCUAUGGAAACUCCUAAUUGCGAUGAUGGUUGUCCUAAUUUGCCUGCUCAGUUUUGUAGUCUAUCUAUAUUUCAAAUCUCUGCCAGCUGACUACAUGCCAAGCCCAUAUAGUUUGCCGCCACCUCCCAGAUUGGAGGGUGAGUUAGAGGUGAACUACAAACUCGAGCGAGCGACGAAGUUUCUCGAGGGUUUAAUCGUCGGCCCGGAGUUUAUCAUCAUUAAAGAUGAUCACUUAUACACUGGCACGGCUAAUGGUAGCGUAGUUGAAAUUAAUGACCGCGGUGGCAUAAGAGUUAUCACCAAUCUCGGCAAACCGCCUUGUGGAAUGGAAUUUGACGCCGACGGAUUCCUCAUUGUUUGUGAUGCCUACCUCGGCAUCUUCAAAGUUGACAUCGUUACAGGUCACAGCCAGCUAAUAGUCUCUCCAGAACCAGCACUUCAAUCAUCAUUAUCACCAUCGUCAUCAUCAUCGUCCGUCAGACGUACUAACUUCAUUAACGAUUUGGAGCUGGAUGAUGACGGAAAUGUUUACUACACUGAUUCGUCUGUGUUUGAGAGGCGGGAUUUUGUGCUGGACGUCUUAUUACUCCGUUACAAUGCCAUGACCAAUAGGGUUGAGGUACUGAAGGGCAAUUUGGAUUUCCCUAAUGGGAUUCUACUCUCAAAAUAUGGCGAUUACAUCCUAAUCUCUGAAACGUCCAGGGCUAGAAUUUUAAAAUACUACUUGAAAGGAAUUCACUUGCGACAGACGUACACAUUCGUCGACAACUUACCAUGCCUGCCUGACAACCUGCAGCGAACGGACAGGGGCACCAUCCUUGUGGCCUGUGGCAACCUCAGGUACGACCAGAAGCGCUUCAACUUCGUCGAUUUCUUGCAAGAGAAGAUCUGGCUGAGAGCUCUCCUCAUGAAACUGCCAAUCAAACCGAUCCUGGGUCUGAUCCCUCACGGAUCAAUGUUGAUGGAGUUUAGCGAAAGUGGUAAAGUCCUGAAGACCAUGAUGGACUUGCAGGGCGCGACCAUCAGCCACCCCUCCCACGCCGUUGAGGGCAGAUUAGGGGAACUAGGGCGGAAGAUUUUUAUUGGGUCUUACGUUAAUAACUAUAUUGGCGUGAUCGAUUUGUAA